CCGGCUCCGUCACCCUGGAAACACAUCCGGCGCUGCUCGGGGUCAUUUUGCAUCGCGCUUCCAACAUGGCGGUGAAUCUCACAGACCUCUCCCUGCCUCAGUUAGAGGGACUGAAGACCCAGCUGGACCAGGAGAUUGAGUUCCUGACGUCUUCAAUAGGUCAGCUCAAAGUGGUCCAGACCAAGUAUGUGGAAGCCAAAGACAGUUUGAACGUCCUCAACAAAAACAAUAAAGGAAAAGAAUUGCUCGUGCCACUGACCAGCUCUAUGUACGUCCCUGGAUCAUUAAACGACGUGGAAAAUGUUUUAGUGGAUGUGGGGACUGGAUACUAUGUUGAAAAGAAAGUGGAAGACUCGAAGGCAUUCUUCAAACGCAAAAUAGACUUCCUCACAAAGCAAAUAGAGAAAAUACAACCAGCCCUACAGGAAAAACAUGCCAUGAAACAAGCUGUGAUCGAAGUAAUGAACGUGAAGAUCCAGCAACUACAACAGAGCCAGCAAGCGUCACAGAUGGUUGGGACCACCAAGGCUUAAUGAAAACACCUGUUUACACUCGUCAUGAUUCUGAGGGGGGGGAUUUUUAAGUUUGUGUGCUAAAAACAUCGGUUACUGUUGUAGGACAAGAAACUGCCCUCCACUAAUGUAAUAUGUGAAAUACUGAAGCAAAACGUUUGUGCACAAACCCAAAAUUACAAGUGGGCUAUGUGUCAUGGUGUACAUGUACAUGUGUACUUGGUCAAAUUUAAAUUAAUUGAAUUGGGUGUCUUAAUUAGUUUGCAUAAUUAAAUAAAUAGGUCACUGUGCAUCAAGAA